AGUGAAGCCUCGAGAGUGAGGGGUAACUACUUCACUAGGAAGGCAACCAAAAGCAACUUCUCUCAGAAGGUGGCCCAACCAUUCCUAUUUUAUGGUUCAGUUGCCCAGUCUCUCGUUACUCUCUCUAUCUCGGUUCUAGCUUCAUCAAACGCAAGAAAGAGCACCGGCAAAUUAAUGGAGAUAGAAAAGAAUGAGAAGGAUACAGUGGUAACUCAAGUCAGUAUUGGUGGAUUUAAUAGUCGUGUCAAGGCAAAAGAUCUUGUGGCAUAUUUGGAAAGUGAGAUUGGACUUGUUUGGAGGUGCAGAUUGAAGACAUCAUGGACCCCGCCAGAGUCCUAUCCAAAUUUUGACAUAACUAACACUGCAGGUGUCCAAAGAACAGACGGGCAUAACAAGAUAGAGCCACAUGCGUUUGUCCAUUUUGCCUCACCUCAAUCAGCCACUUGGGCUAAGAAUGCUGCAGGGCGCUGUGAACUUUUCUUGAAUGACAGGCCACUGAAAGUUAGUCUGGGUCCUGAAAAUCCAUAUCACAUGAAUCAGAGAAGGAGAACAACAACUCCCUUUAAAUUAUCUGACGUGCAUGUUGAGAUUGGAACGCUUAGCCGUAAUGAAUUCUUGGUUGGUUGGAGUGGACCUUCUUCUGGAGUUGAUUUUCUUGUGGAUCCUUUUGAUGGGACAUGCAAGUUUUGUUUCACUAGGGAUACUGCCUUCUCCGUGAAAGACACAACUGAGCAUGCAGUCAUUAGAUGUGACUUUAAAUUGGAGUUCCUAGUGAGAGACAUCAAUGAGGUGAAACAAUAUACUGAUUGGAACACUUCAUCACUGGUUAUCCUGUUGCAGCUGGUGUCAGCACCUUUUGUCUGGUAUAGAACUGCUGACGAUGACAUCGAAGUGUUAGCUCCCUUUAAUUUGCUGGAUGAUGAUGAUCCUUGGAUCCGGACCACUGAUUUUACCCCUAGUGGGGCAAUUGGUCGUUGUAAUUCAUAUCGAGUUUCCAUCCCCCCUCGUCAUGGUGCAAAGUUGAAUAGGGCCUUGAACUAUCUUAAAGAACGAAGGGUGCAGCUGGAAUUCCUAAAAAUGCCCCUUAAGAAUUCAAAUGAACCAGAGUAUGGGAUGCCGAUGUCAGAUGCUUUCUUUUGUAUUCAUCACAAGGAAGGGAUUGCUUUUGAGGUAAUGUUCCUGGUGAAUGCUGUCAUGCAUAAAGGAAUAUUCAAUCAACACCAACUGUCUGACAGUUUUUUUGAUUUACUGAGAAGCCAACCUCUGGAUGUAAAUUUGUCUGCAUUGAAGCACAUUUGUUCUUAUAAGCGCCCUGUUUUUGAUGCUUAUUGCUGUCUCAAAGCUGUCCAGCAAUGGUUGCUGAAUAACCCCAAACUUUUCAAGAGCCCUAAACAGUUGGAUGAUAUUGUAGAAAUUAGGCGGCUGGCUAUUACUCCUACCAGGGCAUACUGCCUUCCACCUGAAGUAGAACUCUCCAAUAGAGUUUUAAGAAAAUAUAAAGAUAUUGCUGAUAGAUUUUUAAGAGUCACCUUCAUGGAUGAAGGCUUGCAGACAAUCAACGCAAACACUCUCACUUAUUACGUUGCUCCUAUAGUAAGAGAGAUCACUUCUAACUCUUUCUCUCAAAAAACAAGAGUCUUCAAAAGGGUGAAGGGUAUUCUGACUGAUGGAUUUUACUUAUGUGGUCGAAGGUACUCAUUUUUGGCCUUCUCAUCCAAUCAACUGAGGGAUCGUUCUGCAUGGUUUUUUGCAGAAAAUGCGGAAAUUAGUGUUCAUCAGAUCCGAAGCUGGAUGGGGAGGUUCACCAAUAGGAACAUUGCAAAAUGUGCUGCAAGGAUGGGACAGUGUUUCUCCUCUACAUAUGCAACUGUAGAAGUUCCUUCAGGAGAGGUUAAUCUUUCCCUUCCUGAUAUUGAGAGGAAUGGUUAUAUAUUCUCUGAUGGUAUUGGAACUAUAACUCCAGAUCUUGCGAAGGAAGUUGCAGAAAAGUUGAAAUUAGAUGCUAAUCCACCAUGCGCUUACCAGAUCAGGUAUGCAGGAUGUAAAGGGGUUGUGGCUUGCUGGCCAGCACAAGGUGAUGGGAUCCGUUUGUCCUUGAGGCCCAGUAUGAACAAGUUCCAAUCAAAUCACACCACUUUGGAAAUCUGUUCAUGGACCAGGUUUCAGCCUGGUUUCUUGAAUAGGCAGAUUAUUACUUUGCUUUCCGUUUUGCAAGUUCCAGAUGAAAUAUUUUGGGAAAUGCAGUUUGAUAUGGUCUCCAAACUCGAUCAGAUGCUCAUGGAUGCUGACGUAGCAUUCGAUGUUAUCACUGCAUCAUGUGCUGAGCAAGGUAAUACUGCAGCAAUAAUGUUGAGUGCAGGUUUCAAGCCCCAAAAGGAACCUCACUUACAAGGCAUGCUAACUUGUAUAAGAGCUGCACAGCUUUGGGGCCUCAGGGAAAAGGCUAGGAUCUUUGUUUCUUCAGGGAGAUGGUUGAUGGGCUGCUUGGAUGAGCUAGGGGUGCUUGAACAAGGUCAGUGCUUUAUCCAAGUAUCUAACCCGUCUUUGGAAAACUGUUUCUUGAAGCAUGGCUCAAGAUUUAGUGAGAUCAAGAAAAACCUUGAAGUAAUUAAAGGUACUGUGGUGAUAGCUAAAAAUCCUUGCCUUCAUCCUGGAGAUGUAAGGAUCCUAGAAGCAGUUGAUGCUCCUGAACUGCACCAUUUACAUGAUUGCCUUAUCUUCCCACAGAAGGGUGACAGGCCGCAUACAAAUGAAGCUUCUGGAAGUGACCUUGAUGGAGAUUUAUACUUCGUUACGUGGGAUGAAAACCUUAUUCCACCAAGUAAGAGGAGUUGGACACCGAUGCAGUAUAAUGCUGCAGAAGCCAAGGUCCUAAAUCGCCCUGUCCGUUCUCAGGAUAUUAUAGAUUUUUUUGCAAGGCAUAUGGUAAACGAGAAUUUGGGAGCAAUUUGUAACGCGCAUGUUGUUCGUGCAGACUUGAGCGAGUAUGGGGCUCUGGAUGAUAAUUGCAUAAAACUGGCAGAAUUAGCAGCCACAGCUGUUGACUUUCCUAAGACUGGGAUGCUUGUAACUAUGCCACCUUAUCUGAGACCAAAAAUGUAUCCAGAUUUUAUGGGGAAGGAGGACUAUCAGUCCUACAAGUCGACCAAAAUUUUGGGAAGACUUUAUCGCCAGGUUAAAGACGCUUGUGAUGAUAAUGUUGUAGCUGCGUCUUCAGAGCUCAACAUCGUUCCUGGUGACAUUCCUUAUGAUAGGGAUCUGGAGGUUUCCGGGUCAUCUGAUUACAUUCUGGAGGCCUGGGAUCAAAAGUGCUCAUAUGAUGGACAGCUGAAAGGUCUUAUGGGCCAGUAUAAAGUGAAAAGAGAAGAAGAGGUUGUAACUGGUCAUAUUUGGUCCAUGCCAAAGUACAACAGCAGGAAGAAUGGGGAAUUGAAAGAGAGGCUUAAGCAAUCUUACAGUGGUCUCAAGAAAGAAUUUAGGCAAGUCUUUGAGAAGAUGGAUUUGGAUUUUGAACAACUCUCAGAUGAUGAGAAAAACUUGCUGUAUGAGCGAAAGGCAUCAGCGUGGUACCAGGUUGCAUAUCAUCCCACUUGGAUAAAAAAGUCACUGGAAUUGCAAGGGCCAGAAGCUGAUGACAGUGCAGCAAUGUUGAGCUUCGCUUGGAUUGCAGCCGAUUACCUUGCUCGAAUUAAGAUUAAAUGCAGGGGAAUUGAAGGUGUCGACACUAGUAAACCUGUCAACUCGCUGGUGAAGUACCUGGCUGAUAGGAUCUGAUCAGCAUCUGAAGCCUUUUGGGGCAAUGUUAGGCUUCUUGGCCGCAAGUCCACUCUGCCAUUAUUAACAAUCUUAAUGUUUUGUUUACUAUGCUGUAUCUCAUGGUGGUAUUCAGGCAUCAUGAUUGAACUGUUGUGUUAUGGUGAAACUUGGUUUUUCUAAAUGUUCAUAUAUCGUAUGAUAUAGAUAAUUAUUUCUGGUUGAAGACA